AUGUGUGUGUACGUAAGUGUACGUAUGUACGUGAACCCCCCUCCGUUUAUGCAUGGCGGUUUCACUCUGCUUCCUCUCGGUGUACGCGACUUUUCGCGCGUGUGUUGUUCACUUGGGUGCGUGGCGCGCUCAGCGGUUCCUCAUGCGCUUUUGUCAUCGCUUGUUGUGCAAAGGCAUUGGCUGUUGACUGUAUCAACACCGUUGUUCGCUUGCACGCCGCCUUCCUUUUCGUCCUUUGUUCCUUUUUCUGUCUCUGUUGUUGUUGUUGUUGUUGUUGUUGUUGUUGUUCUUUGCGUCGCGUUGAUUGCUGUGUUGUUUGGUGAUUCCUUGUGCCUUCUCACGUUUGGAUUGUUUGUUUGUGUUCUCAUCCCUCCAACCUGUCCCCAAGCCUCUAACUUUGACUCUGACUGGCGUGAACCACCCCGCCAACCAUACCAACCAACAAACAAAACAACACACCACACACACACACACCUUCUUUCCAGAACCGGAUUUCCACCUGCCAACACACCACACUCGUUUCUUUUCCGCCUAUUUUGGUUUCUCAACCCUGCACCUCCUCCAUGUUUGAAUGUUUUGUGUUGUGCGCGUGUGUGUAUGUGUUCAUGGGCGUUUGUGUGUCAGAAAUAA